AUGCAGGGAGGUGGUGCGCCUGCGACGGACGCCGACCAGGCACAGUUUGAGGCGGACAAACGGGCUGUUUAUAAACACCCUCUAUUCCCCCUCCUGGCUUUACUUCUUGAGAGAUGUGAGCAAGCCACUGCAGGGGCAGAGCCCCCGGCUGCAGACGCCUUCGGUGCGGACCUUCAGGCCUUCGUGCAGCAUCAGCGCCGGGACCGAAGGCCCUUCCUUGUUGAUGACCCUGAGAUUGAUGGACUGAUGAUUAAAAGCAUCCAGGUCCUCAGGAUUCAUCUCCUGGAGCUAGAGAAGGUUCAAGAGUUGUGCCGCGACUUUUGUGGGAGGUACAUCGCUUGUUUGAAAACUAAGAUGCAGAGCGAGAAUCUGUUACGGACGGAUUAUACUGGGGGUGGUGUAGAAAGUAAUAAUAAUUUAUCUGGAACUAUGGAUGACCAUUCGAGUACUUCUAAUUCUCCUCAGUAUCAGUCCCCAGUGGCGCCGCUCCCCGCGCCCGCGUACCCCCCCAUCUACCCCGCCGUCACCGAGCUGCCCUACGCGCCGGCGAGAGAGCAACCGUCCCUAGUAGUGCAAGGGUCGACGCCCAUAGGGCAGAUAGGCGCUGGUCUUCUCCCUACAGACUCGUUUACGGGUACGAACUCCAACUCGUGUUCCUCGAUCUCGGGGUCGCCGCCGCCCGCGGGCGAGGACGAGGAGGAGGGCGGCAAGCGCGGCGUGCUGCCGCGACACGCCACGCAGGUCAUGCGCGCCUGGCUGUUCCAGCACCUCGUGCAUCCAUACCCAACAGAAGAAGAAAAACGGUCUCUCGCAGCGCAAACCAGACUAACUCUAUUACAAGUAAAUAAUUGGUUUAUCAACGCGCGUCGUCGCAUUCUUCAACCAAUGCUGGACUGUCAGGAUAAACCGGGUGGCAAGAAAAGUAAAAAUGGCUCGUCUAUAAGUAAGAGGUAUUGGCCGGACGCGCUCACCAACCCACAGUUCACAGCAGGUCUCCUCUCAUCGUCAGAAGAUGAAGAGCAAGAGGGCGAGCAGUCCGCCGACGAGACGGAGCCCCGCGACGAGCACGGGGACUUCCCCGUGCAGCAC